AUGGCGCUAUUGCCCAAAAUAGGACCAAGUUGGGUGAAAUUGACAUGGAAAAUCAUCUUACUAGGCUACCCAGAAAUGCCGACCGACUGCGAUUUCAAGUUCACGUCUGUUGAUGGACUUGUUCAUAGCGUGUCUGUAAAGAGCAAUCCACAGCGGAGUGUGAAAGCGCGCAAACCCGCUGGAGCCAGGCUUGACGCAAGUGCGAGCCGGUCACUGCAACUCGCUGCCACCAUGGUCCUGGUCAAGGUCGAGUCCUCGGACAUUGCUGCCGCCACGUUGCAUGUCGCGCUGCCGUGGCAAUUGCACCUCUACACUCUGCCCUGUCUCUCGCUUUACCCGCUUCUUGCCUACGCGUACUACAUCAAGUAUGAUGACUGGCUUCAGAGCGAAGAAUGGACCUUUCUUGCCUGUGUCACCGUAGGAGUCACGCAUGGCCUCAGUUUCCUCUCCACGAGAUGGAGUACUAACGCUCAAGCCCUGAUCACAACUCGUGAGGCGGUAUCUCUGCAAACUGCCAACCGCAUCCGUCUUAUACCUGAAGCCCAUCGAGGUCGCGGAGAGAUUGUUCCUUUAAUCAAGAAGCAUGCAGAGGGCCCGGAUCGCUUCACAUUUAGCUACCAACGUGACACUUACCUCCUUACCUCCUCUAAUCCCAUCACGUUCGCGCGGCUGCCAUACCCGUGCUCGGACCGCCCAUCACUGGCAAAUUUCAAGUCUCCGAGCGGUCUGUCUUCCGCUGACAUCGGCAGCCUUCUUCCCUUGUACGGUAAAAACGAGUUCGAUAUUCCCAUACCCUCAUUUACAGCCCUUUUUUCCGAACACGCGACCGCGCCAUUCUUCGUCUUUCAGAUAUUCUGCGUCGCACUGUGGUGCCUCGAUGAAUACUGGUAUUACAGCCUUUUCACGCUCUUUAUGCUGGUGGUCUUCGAAUGUACAGUCGUUUGGCAACGUUUGAGGACAUUGACCGAGUUCCGGACGAUGUCCGUCGCCCCGUACCCCAUACAGUGCAGGCGGGACGGCAAAUGGGCGACAAUCCAAAGCGAUGAGUUAUUGCCCGGAGACGUAGUCUCAGUUGCUAGACACCAAACGGAAACCAACGUUCCUGCAGAUGUUCUCCUCAUACAGGGGACGUGUAUUGUCAAUGAGGCCAUGCUCUCCGGAGAGUCAACACCUUUGCUCAAGGAAUCCAUCGCAUUGCUCGAGACAGCGGAGCGACUUGAUGUAGAUGAAGCUCACAAAAAUUAUGUUCUUUUCAGUGGCACUAAACUUUUGCAAGCCGACGGUGGAGAAACUCCCGAUGGCGGAUGUCUCGGCGUAGUGCUUCGCACUGGAUUCGGCACGGCUCAAGGGCAGCUCGUACGCACCAUGAUCUUCUCGACCGAGCGCGUCACUGCGAACAACUUGGAAUCUUUCCUGUUUAUCGGAUUCCUGCUGAUCUUUGCCAUUGCGGCCAGCUGGUAUGUAUGGGUCAAGGGCAUCGAGCGCGACUUGAAGAAAUCCAAGUUACUUUUGGAUUGUAUUCUGAUCAUUACUAGCGUUGUUCCGCCUGAGUUACCCAUGGAAUUGUCAAUGGCCGUAAAUGCAUCAUUGGCCGCUUUGUCUAAAUAUGCCAUAUUCUGUACUGAACCGUUCCGCAUACCAUUCGCAGGCCGCGUGGAUGUUUGUUGCUUUGAUAAGACAGGCACAAUCACUGCAGAAAACUUGGUAGUCGAAGGCGUUGUGGGCGUUGACCGUUCAGAUAGCAUCAAGCUUGUUCGUGUGAACGAAGUCAGCAAAGAGACGACAUAUGCGCUUGCUGCUGCGCAUGCGCUGGUCAAGCUUGAUGAGGGUACUAUUGUCGGUGACCCCAUGGAGAGGACGACGUUAGAUGCUCUCCAGUGGAAAAUCAACAAAGGAGAUAUUGUUGCGCCUGCCGACUCCACUGCGCCGCAUCAUACCACCCUUACAAUUCGUCGACGCUUCCCAUUCUCCUCCGCGCUGAAGCGAAUGUCUACCGUAUCGAGUCUACCUGGUGGCAAAUCUAUUGUUGCUGUGAAGGGUGCUCCCGAGACGCUCAAAACCAUGUUAGCCUCUGUUCCCGAGUUUUACGAUCGGACGUACAAGUGGUAUACGCGCAGAGGUAGCCGAGUACUUGCGUUAGGUUUCAAAGAAAUGGGUGUGCUAACUCAAGACAAGAUCAAUAAACUUUCUCGUGGUGAUGUUGAGAGCUCCCUCGCCUUUGUGGGCUUUUUGAUAUUCCAUUGCCCCCUGAAGCCAGACGCUGUCGAGACGCUGAAGAUGCUAGGGGAUUCCUCGCAUCGGUGCAUAAUGAUCACUGGCGACAAUCCUCUCACUGCAGCGCACGUCGCACGCGAAGUCGAAAUUGUUGACCGUGAUGUCCUCAUACUGGAUUUGAAAGAGAAUGCUGUCAACGAGAAAGAUCUUGCUUGGCGUACCGUGGACGAAUCCAAAGUGAUACCAGUUGACCCAUCUCAGCCACUCGACGUUUCCCUAUUCGACACUUUCGAUAUAUGUGUCACGGGAGCUGCUCUCAAACAGUAUGAGAACACUCCUGGAUGGAAUGAUUUGGUUCAAAAUACCUGGAUCUAUGCGCGAGUCUCUCCAUCGCAGAAGGAGAUGAUUCUGACUAGCCUGAAGUCGCUUGGAUACGUGACUCUAAUGGCCGGUGAUGGAACCAACGAUGUCGGCGCAUUGAAGCAAGCGCACAUCGGCGUAGCUCUCCUGGACGGAACUCCCGAGGACUUGCAGAAGAUCGCCGAGCACCAGAAGCUGGAACGCGUCCGAAAGGUGUACGAAAGUCAGCUCAAAAUCUCGGCCCGUUUCAGCCAACCUCCACCCCCUGUUCCUGCUGCGAUCGCGCAUAUGUACCCGGAUGUUGUCGCUGCCCAGAAGCAGGCUGCCACCCAGUUCCAAAGCGCUAGGAAGCAGAACCCCAUGGAAAAGUUUGAUUUGGCAACCAUCACCGACAAACUUGCAACGAUGGAGGACGAAGAUGAUGUUCCAAAAAUCAAGCUGGGAGACGCUUCUUGUGCUGCGCCAUUCACGUCCAAGCUUUCAAACGUUUCAGCAAUCAGUCACAUUAUUCGUCAAGGCCGGUGCACGCUCGUCGCAACUAUCCAGAUGUAUAAGAUUCUCGCUCUGAACUGUCUCAUUACCGCGUACAGCUUGAGUGUUCAGUAUCUGGAUGGCAUCAAAUUUGGUGAUUACCAGGUGACGAUCUCUGGCAUGCUCAUGUCUGUGUGCUUCUUGUGCAUCUCUCGCGCGAAGCCCAUAGAAAAGCUAUCACGAGAGCGUCCUCUAGGAAACAUCUUCAAUCUUUACGUGAUGUCGUCUAUUCUCGCGCAGUUUUCGCUCCAUAUCGUAUCAUUAGUUUACAUCACCAGUCUGUGCCGUCAGUUUGAAGAACUGGGCCCCAUUGAUCUUGAAGCCAAAUUUGAGCCCAACCUCUUGAACACUGCUAUUUAUCUCCUCGGACUCUCACAGCAAGUUUCGACGUUUGUGAUCAAUUUCCAGGGACGUCCCUUCAGGGAAGGUAUACGGGAAAACUCGGCACUCUUCUGGGGACUCGUUGGGGCUAGCGCUGUAGCGUUCUCCGGCGCCACGGACUUUAUGCCUGAGAUGAACCGAUGGCUGCAAAUCGUGGAAAUGACCGACGUGUUCAAAUUCAAGCUGACCAGCACCAUGAUCAUUGACUUUGUAGGCUGUUGGCUGAUUGAGGUCACGUCCAAGCACCUGUUCGCAGAGCUUGAACCAAAGGCGAUGAUAACUCGGGGCAGGGAGCGAAGAGAAGCUAGACGGAAGCUGGAGGUGGAGCACGCGCAGGCGAGUGCACAGGAGAAAAAAUCUCAAUAA